AUGCACGCAGAAUGACAUCUGCACUAAUUCAUUGGUUUGCAGCGAACCUCAGUGGACAUUUACUGAAUUUAAAAUGCAUCAAACCAAAAGUCAGCUUCAGCGCAUGCGCCUAUGCAUUGAAGUGAUUGGACCCUCUAGAACCCCGGAAGUAGCGUGAAGGUCCUUGGCGAGUUUAGAUAACAUUUCACUUGUAUCACCGGAGUCCAUGUGAAAAUGGGUGUUAAAAUAGAGGUGUUUAGAAUGAUGCUGUAUCUGUCCUUUCCCGUCUCCAUGUUCUGGAUCUCAAAUCAAGCAGAGUACUUUGAAGAGUACAUAGUAAAGAGAAAGAGGGAGAUCUUCCCCCCUGAUGAAGGAUUGCAAAGGAAAGAGUUGGAGGACUUCAAAGAGCGAAUGCGUGUUCGUAAGGAGCAGCGGAUGUUAAAAAAGAUGUCCAUGGAACCUGAGAAUUGAGGAUUCUGUGUUGAAGAAAUGUACAAGUACAGCACUAUUAAUGGAGGAUUGUCUGGAAAUGUUUUUUGGACAGAAGAAAACUGGUCAGGUCUAUGUAGGAGCAUGGUACCUUAGAAACCUCUGAGAAGUUAACAGAUCAAGUUGUGCUGGACAUUUGCCAGGGGUUGGUUAAUUCAUUCAUUCAUCCAUUAUGCCCAAUGUUAUGUUUAAUUUACUUUUUCACAUGAGACUUUUCCAUUGCCAAAAUUAUUUGUCUUUGAAUGCCAGAUCAGUUGACUUACCAUAACUACAAUGUCAUAAAGUAAAUAUUUGAGUUGUAUAUCCAGUUGAAACUGAUGUGAUUAUCAUUAUUUAUUUUGUGAGGUGCAGUGCUUGUAAAAUGUAUUCACCCCCUGUGAUUUUCUUUCCAGUGGUUUGUAUUUUACAACAUUGUACUACAGUGGAAGUAAUCAAGCAUUUUUUCUUACACAAAUGUGUAAACCAAAUCUCUCUCAAAUCUCUUUGAAUUAGGCACAAAUUAAUAAAAAAAACGAUUACAGAAGUAAAAUACAUCCGUUUUCAUCCCUUUCAACAUUCAAUCAAUAUUUAUUUGAGGCACUCAUGGCAGAAAUUAUUGCUAAGCUAAGAUUUAGCUUUAGGUUGUCGGUUGUUUUAUAUAAAAUUCUCUCAAUUCACAGUUCAUUUUCAGACUGCAGCAGAUUUUCUUUUGUGAUUCAUUUGUAUUUCCUGCAUUCAUUGUAACCUUCACAAGUCUGCUCAGUCCUGCUGCAAAUGAGCAUACCCAUAGCAUGAUGCACCACCACCAUCAGGCCACAUGUGGGUAUAGUGACUUUCUAGUAAUAUCUGGAUCUUGUUCUACAGCAGACAUAGUGUAGUAUGAUGACCAAAACAACAUCACUGUGGUGAAUUUGGCUGAGAAUGUCAGUCGAGUUUAUGUGUUGUUUGCAGUGAAAAAGUUGCAAGAUUGUGCUUGUUUUAAGAGACAACACUUGCUCUCAUGUACUUAAGAAUAACAGUUAAUACAUUGUUUUGAAUAUGACACAACAGAAAAUGACAUCAUGACCCUCUUUAGACCAGCACAGCUAACUAUGAUGUCCCAGUAUGACUUUAAGUAAUAGAGCUGU